AUGAACUUGUACAAACAAUCUGAUGUAACCGGACACUGGUAUACAUGUUUGAAGCUUUUUGUUCGUCCAUUCCUUCGAGAUCUGAUAUCCGGUUGGUUUGCUGCAGUAAUACAUGUUGCUCGAAUUUUCCAUUUGAUGUGCAUUCAUAAGUUUGUCUACUAA